UUUAAAGUAUUCUUGCCAUGAAUGUUUACUUUUUUUUCUCUAUAAUCUAGUAAGCUAUGACUUGAUAACAUUUUAGUCCGGUUUUUUAUUUCAAUUAUCAUAAAUUUUAAAUACUAUUUCAAUAGAUCAAAUUUACGGUUUUUAAUAAUCUUUUAUUAUGUCUCGACGUUAUACUGUAAUAAGCUCUCGAUUGAUAUCACAAUUUCGUAUCCAACGCUCCGAUUGUGUUCACCCAACUGUUCAGAAGAAACUUCACGAUCCAAAUGCAUGUGUUGUAAGAGAUAAAGGACUAGUACUUGGAGUAUAUUAUAAUGAACACGUCGAAGGCGAAGGCGCCAUUUUAACAGCAAGUGCACAGAAAUUUGAUAAAGAAACCCACGGCAAACUUUGGAGGCAACUCAAACUAGCACCAAUACCGAAACUCGGGGAGCAUAGAAUAUUUUAUGACUUAGACUCAAGAUACGCAUACGUAGCUGUUGCCGGACUAGGUACAGAAUGUUUAGCUUAUAAUGAUGUAGAAAAAUUAGACGAAAGUAAAGAAGCUAUACGUAUCGCUGCAGGGGUAGGGGCCCAUGCUUUAAAAAAACUUCAUCCGUCAUCAAUACAUGUAGAGUCAUUCGGCAAUGCCGAAGCUGCGGCUGAGGGAUCAAACUUAGCUAUCUGGCAAUUUCAAGAGUAUAAAUCACGUGAAAAGCAACCGAUGAUGACAACUACAAAUGUAGAGUUAUUUGACGAUUGUGACGCCUUCGGGUGGAAUGUGGGGAGAUUAAAAGCCGAAUCCCAAAAUUUAGCCAGAUAUCUCCAAGAAAUGCCACCAAAUAUUUUAACGCCGACGGCUUUUGCAAAGACUGCAGUUGAUCUUCUUUGUGAAUUAGAUAUAAAUGUUGAGGUGAAAACGCAAGGUUGGGCUGCCAGUCAUGAAAUGGGCGGAUUUGUUGCUAUUGGUAAAUCAUCCAUUCAACCACCCCUAUAUGUCGAGAUAAGUUAUUACGGAACGGAUGAAUGUGUACGCCCCAUUGUUUUGAUUGGAAAAGGUGUAACCUUUGACAGUGGCAGUUUAGAUUUAAAACCCCGAAACGAAUUACAGUAUAUGAAAGGAGAUAUGGCUGGAGCAGCUUGUGUUCUUGCAAUAACGAGAGCAGCAGCACUUCUCAAGUUACCUGUCAAUAUUCGCGGAGUCUUACCUUUAUGCGAAUUAAUGCCAAACGGUAAGAGUCCUAAAUUUGGUGAUGUUGUUAAAUCUGCAAAUGGAAAAUCAAUUCAUAUAAGAAUGCCAUCCCGAGAAGGUCGCCUUUUGGUUGCAGAUAGUUUAGUUUAUUCUCGAAAUUAUUGGCCAAAAUUCAUCGUUGAUAUAGGCACAAUGUCCGAAGAAUUAAUAGAAGCACUCGAUGGCGCUGCCUGUGCUUGUUAUACAAAUUCUGAAGAGCUUUUUCAUUAUUUAGAAUCAGCUAGCAGCCUGACAGGUGAUAGAGUAUGGCGGAUGCCACUAUGGAAUAUUUACGAGCAGCGUAUUAAAGAUUGUCAGGUUGCCGACGUGGCAAACACUGGAAGGCACAUCUUCGGAGAUUCGCCAAAUUGUGCGGCAUUUUUAAAACAAUUUGUUUGCGACAGCAAAUGGAUUCACUUAGAUACCUAUAACGUGGCUUAUACCAAAGGAAGGGAUUUUCCUUAUCUCCGUCGCGGCAUGACCGGGCGUCCGACACGCACUGUUAUUGAACUUAUGUACCAAAUGUUAACUGAUUCAAAGUUGUAAUUUGCAUAAGUAUAAAAUUAUUAUACAAAAUGCAUGUUGUGGAAUAUUCUUUUAAAUUUGUAUUGAAUUUAACGAAUAAAUUUCUUAACCACUAA